AUGGAGAUUAGAUGUGAAAUUAGGGUUUAUGAAUUAGGGGUGGUGUUUGGGAAAAAAGGGAAAUCGAAGGGGUUGGGGGAAAUCAUGGCAGGGGAAAUCGGGGAAGGUGGCCGGAAUCGAAAAGGGGAGGGGAAGGGGGUUUUGGGUGUGGAGGCCGGAAAUCGAAAAAGGAUGGGGAAGGGAGUUUUGGGUGGGGUGGCCAGAAUUGAAAAGGGAGGGAAGGGGUGGGAGGCCGCCGGCGCACCUGUCGGUUCUGGCCUCGGCGGCAAGGGGUUUGGCGGUGAGGUGGCCGGAAUGGGCUGGCUGGUGGCAGCAGGUGGUUUGUGCGGUUGUCGCUGCCAGAAUGUAGGAGUUAGUGAUGUUGAGGGGUUGCGUUGUUUUCGUGGUGGUUCAAAGUGGCUGGGGUGA